AUGGUGCCCACCACAACCCGCGUUUUGAGCACUUUGCUCUUCUCGGCCUCACUCAUUAGCUCGGGAUCUGCAACUGUGACUUGCGGCGUCUCGGAUAAUGUCAACUUUUACCAGAACCCCUCAUUCGAAACUGGCGACUUGACCGACUGGACCAGCUUAGUGUCAGCCAGAGGUGAAGUUACAUCUGGCGAUGCCUCCGAUGGAAACGAUUACUUCACCAUUCAAUCCAAUGAUGAGUUGGAUUAUUUAAUGCAGGAUUUGACGGGUCUGGAAAUUGGCUCAACCUACACACUCUCCGUCGACUACAAACUUGCUGCGAGUUUCAAUGGCGGUAGUAGUGUCUGCUACAUGACCUGGUCUCAAGGCUCCUGGAAUAAUUACAUCAAACCAGUAUCGCCUAUCUACUCAUCGAACUUCCCAGAAUGGACUACCAACAGCAUCACCUGGACACCCACCGCUUCGACCGUUAACCUUUACUUCGUCUUUGGAUGUAACGCCGGUGAUACCUCCAUCGAAUUAGAUAACUUUAAGGCUGUUGGCGCAGGCGAAGUCUGCACAACCAGCACUCCUACUCCCACUCCUGUCCCCAGCUCACCGGCCAAGUCUUCGUCUGUUGCGGUGGCUAGCUCUUCUCCCGUGCGCUCGGUUGAAGUUCGUCCUAGCUCCAAGGCUGUGUCUUCUUCUACCCCCGUUCCUAGCUCUGUUCGCCCUUCGGCAUCUGCUCCUGCUAGACACAGCCGUAUCCCUCACUCUGCUCGUCCCACUCCUUCUAGCUCCGCCCCUUGGAGCCGUCGCCCCAUCUCGCCUACCCCCAAGCCUUCCUUCACCCCCUCCGGCUCGGUCGUUGCUCCUUCGCCUAUCCCAUCGGGCUCUGCCCAUGGACAUGGUCACCACCAUGGUCACCACCCCGGCUCUGGUUCCGACUCUGGUGACCACUCUGGCUCCGGCUCCGGUCACGAGUCUGGCUCUGGCUCUGGUGACCACUCUGGCUCUGGCUCUGGCAACCACUCUGGCUCCGGCUCCGGUCACGAGUCUGGCUCUGGCUCUGGUGACCACUCUGGCUCUGGCUCUGGCAACCACUCUGGCUCCGGCUCCGGCCACGAGUCUGGCUCUGGCUCUGGUGACCACUCUGGCUCUGGCUCUGGCAACCACUCUGGCUCCGGCUCCGGCCACGAGUCUGGCUCUGGCUCUGGCAAUCACUCUGGCUCUGGCUCUGGUGACCACUCUGGCUCUGGCUCUGGCAACCACUCUGGCUCUGGAUCUGGCAACCACUCUGGCUCCGGCUCCGGCCACGAGUCUGGCUCUGGCUCUGGCAAUCACUCUGGCUCUGGCUCUGGCGACCACUCUGGCUCUGGCUCUGGCUCUGGCUCUGUCAUCACCUCCACAAUUUUGACUACCCGGACAAGCACCGUCACCGCGUGCCCCUCCACUGUUACCAACUGCCCUGCCCGUGACCAGACGACUUACUUGACUACCGAGACUGUCGUCGUUGGUACUACUGUCUGCCCCAUUACCGAGGGUGCUCAGCCUACCACUACUGCCACUCCAGCAGGCCAGGGCAGCAUUACUGUGCCAAUGACUACCUCCACUGCCUUCAUUACCCGUACGUCGACUAUUACUGCUUGCCCCUCCUCUGUUAAGGAUUGUCCCGCGUCUGAGAAGUCCACCUAUGUUACCACUGAGACCAUUGUGGACUACACCACCAUCUGCCCGGUUACUGCUGCUGAGGCUACCCAGACUGCCAGCUCGACUGCUUCAUCCUACACCGAGGCUAGCGGUACUGGCUCUACUGGCUCUGGCUCGACUGGCUCUGGCUCGACUGGCUCCGGCUCGACUGGCUCUGGCUCGACUGGCUCUGGCUCGACUGGCUCUGGCUCGACUGGCUCUGGCUCGACUGGCUCUGGCUCGACUGGCUCUGGCUCGACUGGCUCUGGCUCGACUGGCUCUGGCUCUACUGGCUCUGGCUCUACUGGCUCCGGCUCGACUGGCUCCGGCUCGACUGGCACUGGCUCUACCGGCACUGGCUCGACUGGUACUGGCUCUGGCUCUGAAUCCGCUGGCAACGAAGAGAUCAGCACCACCAUCAUUUACUCGACCAAGGUCGAGUCUGGUACAACCGAGACCAUUGCUAUCGCAACUGAGGUUUUGACUCUCACUGUUACCCAGGCCACUAGCACUGGCAUCGCAGGUGUUGGUGCCACUGGUAUCCCCCCUGUGCGCAGCACACACAUCCACAUUAAGCCCACUCCUUCGGCCUUUGCCACUUCUAGCUCUUCUAUUCCCCAGAAGAGCUCUGGUGUUGGAUCUUACUCCAGCUCGACUACCGGCUCUGUCGCUCCUGUCUACACCGGUGCUGCUUCACCUUCCUUCACUUUCUCCACUGGCCUACUCGGCGCUUUGGCUCUUCUUGUUGUGCGUCUUGUAUAA